UCGCUGGACCCCAAGACCCUCCGUUCCUCAGUACUCACCUUCACACCGAGGCUCCAAGACCGUGGCACCAACUUCACUUGUUGGGUGAAACACCAAGGAGCACAGGCGGCCACGGAGAGAACCAUCCAGCUCAACAUCUCCUAUGCUCCACAGAACCUCACCAUCCGUGUCCUCUCCGGAAAUGUCACAGCCCUGAAGACACUAAAGAACGGCGCAUCGCUGCCUGUCCUGGAGGGCCAGUCCCUGCGCCUGGUCUGCGUGGCUGACAGCAACCCCCCUGCCACGAUGAGCUGGUCCCGUGAAGGAAAAGCCCUGAGCCCAUCCCAGCCCUCUGCACCUGGGGUCCUGGAGCUGCCCCAGGUGGGGGCCGGAGACGGAGGGGAAUUCACCUGCCGAGCUCAGAACCCGCUGGGCUCCCAGCAUGUUUCCUUCAGCCUCUCUGUGCAGAGAAGCCCCUCUUCCUGCAGCUGUGUGACUGAGGAGCAGCAGGGCUCCUGGCCCCUGGUACUCACCCUGAUCAGAGGGGCGCUCAUGGGGGCUGGCUUCCUCCUCACCUAUGGCCUCACCUGGAUCUACUACACCAGGUGUGUAGGGCCCCAGGGCACAGGGUUGAAGGCCUGACUGAGGAUGCCUCCUUCUUAAGAGAUUGAGGAGUUGACAUGGAGCCCAGAGGGGCAGACGUGGGGACAUCACUCUCAGCACCUCCCUGGAAACUCUCGUCUCAAAUCCUGUCUCAUCUGUACUCACGGAUUUCAAUUUGUGGAGUUCGCAACCUGGAGAGGUCAAUGCCAUUGAAAGAAGAUUUUUAUUACUUCCAUUUCUGGAGAGAAGGUGGCACGUCACCCCCGGCAGCGCCACAGGGGAGGCACCUGUUUGCGUCAGGAGACAGAAGCAGGUGCAUGGAAGCCUAGGCCAGGGCCUUUCUUGGGGUUUCCCCAGGAAAGACAAGUUAGGGCAGGGCACACGGUUUAGAAUCAGGGAGCUUGAACAACUCUGGUGGGCUUUGGGCAACCGGGGUGGUCUCUAGUUGUCUGGUACCUGGUCCUGGGCGAUUGGGGCAGGAGAAAUAGUGUCUUGGUGUGUGGGAGUUAGACAAAGGGGUUCCUGGGGGACAUGGACUCAGGAUUGCUUGGUUUGCAUCUGAAUUGGUCUCCUGGCAGAGCCCUUUGCUGUCUCUAGGAAUUGGCUACCCCUGGGGGUAGGGGGAAGGGUAGGGCAGACUCCCACUGGCCAGCAAGCUUUCAAAGGUGUGAAAACAUCAUAAGAUACAGAAAAUAAAAACAUGAUCAUUUUGUAGACAUCCCACUGACUGCCCACUGACACACCCCAUCGGCCUGCUCCCCUCCCCAUCUCUUACCAACCCGUCCUUGUUGGUCCUGCCCACCCUGCCCCUCCCACCUACUCUCUCUCCAUCCCCAGCCCUAGGAAGGGAAAGACCUUGGGGCCUUACCCUCUUGUUACCCAGAAGUUACCUGGUUAACACCUGAGUUUCUGGUCUCCCAAACUUCUCCAUCAAAGUAGACAUGGAUACACAGUAGGGUCAGGAGCACAGCUUUUCUUUCCCGAUUUAAAGAUGCCGAUCUCAUAAUAAUUACAAUGAAACCUCACAACAUUUAAUUAUAAACAAAAGUUUUACUAAGCCAUAAAACCUAAAACGGGAGCUUACCAUUGACUGUCUCCAUGGGAAUUUCUAGAGCAAAUUUAUGUCUGAAUCUUCUAUUAUUUUUGUUGAACCUGUUUCCACUCAGGCUUUUUGUCUAUUCAGCGUUUUUUGAUGUCUGACUUAACCUGAGUGAAAUAAGCAAACCUCAAUAGUAUGACUAGAUGAAUGUUUAUGUACGUGCACACCCACGCUUCCACCACCAGGCUCCACGUACAGACUCUUUCCACCCACCCUGGUGGUCAGGUCAGGCUACCAGAGCGAAGGGGGCUGAGCUGAGGUUGGAAAGAUGAGAAGUGGGCAAGAAGCUCAGGUGAAGAGGUGCCAAGAGCUGAGACAGGCUGGCGGCGAGGGGAUGCCCUGUAUCUGUUGCUUGCAGCGAGGACCAGGAGAACCAAAGACACACAGCGGUGGGAGAGAAUGAAGAUCGGAUACCUGGAGCCUUGAGUGCAGGCUGAGGGUGCUGAGUUUUCCUUGUGGCUCUUCAAAUCAACACAGUCCCAAAUGGACCACCUCCCUCUUCCCUGUCCCUCUAAAUCAAUAUUGCCAGUGUUUGUGCUUCAUAGAAGUGGAGUCAGACUUUGUACACAUUUUUGUGUCUGGUUGCCUUUUCUCAGCAUUGUGUUUCGGAUUCAUCCAUGUCGGUACCUCUAUCAAUAAUUCAUCUUUCUUCUUGGUAUUGUUUUGCUUUUUUUUAAAAGAUUUUUUUUAAUUUUUUCCUUCUUCUCCCCAAAGUCCCCCGGUACAUAGUUGUAUAUUGUUCGUUGUGGG